AGGGCCGCGUCCGCCGGGCAUGGAAGGAGGCGGCAAGCCCAACUCCUCGUCCAACAGCCGGGACGAUGGCAACAGCGUCUUCCCCGCCAAGGCUCCCGCGACGGGCGCGGGGCCCGCCGCGGCCGAGAAGCGCCUGGGCACCCCGCCGGGGGGCGGCGGGGCCGGAGCCAAGGAGCACGGCAACUCGGUGUGCUUCAAGGUGGACGGCGGCGGCGGCGGCGGCGGCGAGGAGCCCGCGGGGGUCCUUGAGGACGCCGAGGGGCCCCGGCGGCAGUACGGCUUCAUGCAGCGGCAGUUUACCUCCAUGCUGCAGCCCGGGGUCAACAAAUUUUCCCUCCGCAUGUUUGGGAGCCAGAAGGCGGUCGAGAAGGAGCAGGAGAGGGUUAAAACUGCAGGCUUCUGGAUUAUCCACCCUUACAGUGAUUUCAGAUUUUAUUGGGACUUAAUAAUGCUUAUAAUGAUGGUUGGAAAUCUGGUCAUCAUACCAGUUGGAAUCACAUUCUUCACAGAGCAAACAACAACACCAUGGAUUAUUUUCAAUGUGGCAUCAGAUACUGUUUUCCUGUUGGACCUGAUCAUGAAUUUUAGGACUGGGACUGUCAAUGAAGACAGUUCUGAAAUCAUCCUGGACCCUAAAGUGAUUAAGAUGAAUUAUUUAAAAAGCUGGUUUGUGGUUGACUUCAUCUCAUCAAUCCCAGUGGAUUAUAUCUUUCUCAUAGUAGAAAAAGGAAUGGAUUCAGAAGUUUACAAGACAGCGAGGGCACUGCGUAUUGUGAGGUUUACAAAAAUCCUGAGUCUCUUGCGUUUAUUACGACUUUCAAGGUUAAUUAGAUACAUACAUCAGUGGGAAGAGAUUUUUCACAUGACAUAUGAUCUCGCCAGUGCCGUGGUGAGAAUUUUUAACCUCAUCGGCAUGAUGCUGCUCCUUUGCCACUGGGAUGGCUGUCUUCAGUUCUUAGUUCCACUGCUGCAGGAUUUCCCACCAGAUUGCUGGGUGUCUCUAAAUAAAAUGGUCAAUGACUCUUGGGGGAAGCAGUAUUCAUAUGCACUCUUCAAAGCUAUGAGCCACAUGCUGUGCAUUGGGUAUGGAGCUCAAGCCCCAGUCAGCAUGUCUGACCUCUGGAUUACCAUGUUGAGCAUGAUUGUAGGGGCCACCUGCUACGCCAUGUUUGUUGGUCAUGCCACAGCUUUAAUCCAGUCUUUGGAUUCUUCAAGGCGGCAAUAUCAAGAAAAGUAUAAGCAAGUGGAACAGUACAUGUCAUUCCAUAAAUUACCAGCUGAUAUGCGUCAGAAGAUCCAUGAUUACUAUGAACACAGAUACCAAGGCAAAAUCUUUGAUGAGGAAAAUAUUCUCAAUGAACUCAAUGAUCCUCUGAGAGAGGAGAUAGUCAACUUCAACUGUCGGAAACUGGUGGCUACAAUGCCUCUAUUUGCUAACGCGGAUCCUAAUUUUGUGACUGCCAUGCUGAGCAAGUUAAGAUUUGAAGUGUUUCAACCAGGAGAUUAUAUCAUACGAGAAGGAGCCGUGGGUAAAAAAAUGUAUUUCAUUCAACAUGGUGUUGCUGGUGUCAUCACAAAAUCCAGUAAAGAAAUGAAGCUGACAGAUGGCUCUUACUUUGGAGAGAUUUGUCUCCUAACCAAGGGACGCCGCACAGCCAGUGUUCGAGCCGAUACAUACUGUCGUCUUUACUCACUCUCAGUGGACAAUUUCAAUGAGGUCCUGGAGGAAUAUCCAAUGAUGAGGAGAGCUUUUGAGACAGUUGCCAUUGACCGACUAGAUCGAAUAGGAAAGAAAAACUCAAUUCUUCUACAGAAGUUCCAGAAGGAUCUGAACACCGGUGUUUUCAACAAUCAGGAGAAUGAGAUUCUGAAGCAGAUUGUGAAACAUGAUAGGGAGAUGGUGCAGGCAAUUGCCCCAAUCAAUUAUCCUCAAAUGUCAGCCCUGAAUUCCACCUCCUCUACCACAACUCCCACUUCUAGAAUGAGGACACAGUCCCCACCGGUGUACACAGCAACCAGUCUGUCUCACAGCAACCUGCAUUCCCCCAGUCCCAGCACACAGACCCCCCAGCCAUCAGCCAUCCUCUCCCCCUGCUCCUACACCACAGCAGUCUGCAGCCCUCCUGUACAGAGCCCAUUGGCUUCUCGAACUUUCCACUACGUCUCCCCCACUGCUUCCCAGUUGUCACUUAUGCAACAACAGCAGCAACAGCAGCCCCAGCCUCCGCAGACUCAGCAUCCACAGCAGCCCCAACAGCCACCAACACCCAGCAGCUCAACACCGAAAAACGAAGUUCACAAGAGCACUCAGGCGCUUCACAACACCAACCUGACACGCGAAGUCAGGCCCCUGUCUGCCUCGCAGCCCUCCCUGCCUCACGAGGUUGCCACUCUGAUUUCCAGACCUCACCCCACUGUGGGCGAAUCCCUGGCCUCCAUCCCUCAACCUGUGACCGCCGUCCAUGGCACGGGCCUUCAAGCAGGGACCAGGGGCACUGUCCCUCAUCGAGUCACCCUCUUCCGACAGAUGUCAUCGGGAGCCAUUCCCCCCAACAGAGGAGUCCUUCCAACACUCCCUCCACCAGCAGCUGCUCUUCAGAGAGAGUCUUCCUCAGUCUUAAACACAGACCCAGAUGCAGAGAAGCCACGAUUUGCUUCAAAUUUAUGAUCCCUGCUGAUUGUCAAAGCAGAAAGAAAUACUGUAAUAAACUGAGA